AUGCAGGCAAUGCAUGAUAUUCUUUACCAUCAACUGAACAUAUCAGAGUAUGAUCAUUUGGAAUUUCCUGGAGUUGUUCCUCGUACUUUCCUUGGACCGCUUGUCAUAUCUGCCAUGGCUGCACCGUUUGCCUAUCUGGCUAAUCUCCUAAAAAUCAACAAACUUUUCCUGCAAUAUAUUGUUCGUUACUGCCUUGGUCUUUAUGUUCUGUGGUCAUUCCGCAAAUUCCGAACUGCUGUCUCUCAUUGGUUUGGACCAAACGUUAGUUUCUGGCUGAUUCCAGUUAUCAUCUCACAAUUUCAUUUCAUGUUCUACAUAACAAGACCGUUACCCAACAUCAUGGCACUUGGAUUGGUUCUCCUUGCUCUCUCAGCUUGGUUAAAAAGAAAGCAUGUCCAAUUUAUAUGGUUUUCUGGAAUUGCCACACUUGUCUUUCGUUUUGAACUUGGCAUUCUUCUUGGGCUGUAUCUCCUGAUUGCGGUAUUUAAUCAAAAACUUCGCAUUACCAAAUUCAUUCGUAUAGCCAUUCCUGCAGCAAUUGUCAUCUUAGGAGCAACUGUUUUGGUUGAUUCAUUCUUUUGGCAUCGGUGGCUUUGGCCAGAAGGUGAAGUUCUUUGGUUUAACACAGUGCUGAACAAAAGUUCUCAAUGGGGUACAAUGCCAUAUUUUUGGUAUUUUUACUCUGCCAUUCCUCGUGUUCUAAGCUUCAGCACUGUUCUUGUUCCUGUUGGUCUGAGCAACACACCAUUGACACGCAUUCUGAUUAUUCCUGCUAUACUUUACAUUUUUAUUUACUCCCUUUUACCUCACAAGGAGAUGCGUUUCAUUAUUUACGUCUUUCCUAUACUCAACGUUUCAGUAGCCUGUGUUUUAAGCAAAGCAUGGAAAAAUCGGAAAAAAUCUCUGAAAUCUGGGCUUUUUGCUGCCUUCAUGAUAUUACACCUUCUUGGCAAUAUCUUUUUCACCUCAUAUAUGCUUUACCUGUCUCACCAUAAUUAUCCUGGUGGGAAUGCUAUACAACGUCUUCAUCAGCUAGAACAUCCAUCAUCAGAUGUACAUGUCCAUAUUGAUGUGGCUUCUGCUCAAACGGGUGUCACACGAUUUCUUCAACAAAAUCCAAAAUGGAGAUACAACAAGACAGAAGACUUACCCCCUGGGGGUCCAGACAUGCAAAGUUUUACCCAUUUGUUAAUUGGUGCUAGCAGUGAAAAUGACCAAAUAUUACAGACAUACCAUGAGACUCACACAAUACUUGGAAACAUUAAGGCUUUUCACAGUGUAAAACUUGAUUGGAAAUUAUUUCCACCUUUAAAUGUUUUAACAAAGCCUAAAAUAUGGAUCCUAGAGAAAAAUAAAGGAUAA